AUGCUCAAUCAUGAUCAUGAUGCGAUUUGUGGUGGAUCUUGUUAUUCGGAAGAAAAUUUACAAGAUUUAUGCAGAAAUGAUCGUCCAAUGCAAAGGUGUAUCGAGUUGAUUGAUGAUAUGGUUUUUCAUAUUUUACAAUUUUUAGAGUCUGAAUUUAUUAUUACAAAUUGUUUGCGAGUUUCAAAGCAAUGGUAUCGCAAAUCAUUAGAAAUUUCUCUGUCUUUGGAUUUUUCGGAACGACCAUUAGAACAUUGGGAAUGUUUUGCCAACUGUUCACAUUUGAAAAAUUUGACUAGCUUGAAUUUGAAAUUCAAUUUUGUUAGCGAAAACAAUGGGAUGAAACCUAUUGCAUCAAGUCCGCAUUUGAAACGAUUGACUAGCUUAAAUUUGGAAGAUGUCCUAAUUGGACAUGAGGAAGCUAAAUUACUAAGCAUGACCGAAAAUUUAAGCAAUCUCACAGACUUAAAUUUGAACGGAAACUAUCUUGGAAAUGACAUUAAUAUUAUUGCAACAAACAAGAAUAUGAAAAACUUAACAUGUCUUAAACUGGGUAAAAACGAUUUGGGUAUUGAAGGAUUGAAGUUUUUGUCUGAAAGUUCAUUCGUUAGCAAUCUCAAGGAGCUCGAUUUAUCUUAUAAUGGUUUUGGUGAGAACGGAAUCAUUUAUAUAACUCAGAUAGAUAGUUUACAAAAAUUGACCAAAUUAAUGUUACGAGGACUAUUAAUUAAAUAUCCUUCAGUGAGCAGAAUUGCACAAUGUCCACACUUCAAAAACCUGACCAUGUUAGAUUUAAGUUUCAAUGUACUAAACCACGACUGUGCCAAAGCGUUAUCUGAAAGCCAUUAUUUGAGCAAUUUAACAGAACUUGGUCUCAGAAAGUGCAAACUUCCAGCAACAUCCAUCCAAUUGCUAAGUACCACCGCCAACUUGAAAAAACUUUCUCAUAUUGAUUUAACUGCACAUGAACAUUAUGAAGUGGGAGUUCUGUUUCACAAAAGAAAAGACUACUCCCAAGCACUCGUUUUUUACAAAAAAGCUGCUUUUCAACAUUCAAAGGCCGUAUAUAAACUAGGAUGCAUGGCGUAUAGAGGAGAAGGCGUUGAGCAAGACUAUAACGAAGCCUUUAAAUGGUUUACGAUUGCUGCUGACAAAGACGUUGCAAAUGCUCAAUACUUCCUUGGGUUAAUGCAUAAAGAAGGAAAAGGUGUCGAACAAAAUUUCAUCAAUGCUAUGGAAAGCCUUAAGCGAGCUGUUUCCCGUAAUCAUGCAGGUGCCAAAUUUUUGUUAGGGAGAAUGUACAUGAAUGGAACAGGAGUCGAACAAAAUGUUGAAAAAGGAAUUCAAUUGUAUGAAAAAGCAGCAAAGCAAAAUCAUCCUAAAGCACUCUUCACUCUUGGGCGAUUGUACUUACAUGGAAGAUUUCUACACCAAGAUUACUCCAAAGCAAAAGAAUACUUUACACUGGCUUCUGACAAGGACAAUGACCGUGCACAGGUUGCACUUGCUUCAAUGUUUAAGAAUGGUAUCGGUGUGACAAGGGAUUAUUUGAAAGCUUUUUCACUAUUUCAUAUGGCUCUAUCUAAAAACAACAAAGAAGCUCAUUUGAACUUGGGAUUUAUGUAUUAUAUGGGCCAAGAAAACAUUGAACGUAGCUAUGUCAAGAGUUUGAAUCACUUUCAACAAUCUGGACUGUUAGAUAUGAGUGUAACUGUACAGGAAUUACAAUACGGAGACAUUCUGCAAAUGAUUGAACAAGACAAGCUCAUUAACUAUGGUGUCAAAUGCGACUCAUGUUUAGAACAAAAUUUUACUGGCCCACGAUUUAAGUGUGACGAGUGUGUGAAUUUUGAUUUGUGUUCCAAAUGCUACCAAAAAGACAAUGUAACGUCUUUACAUUUCGACAAUCAUCACUCAUUUACAGAAAUAGAUCCUCCUGCUUUGUGUUUGUUGAGAGAAUAUGGAUUUCGAAAAUAA